AUGGAAGGACUUGUAAGUAAGAUUGAAGUGGAGAGAGGGUGGGGUGAGCGAGUAGAGUCGAGACAUACUGUUGUCAUCGUAGACCGGCGUGUGUUGCUGAAAUUGACCAAUGGUCCCGAUAAACCAUUUGUUCGCAUCAUACCCCGACGAGAUGACAUUAAUGGACUUGGGAAUGCCAUAGUGAAGGAAGUUGAGAAAGACCAGGAGGAAAAUGUCAGACAAUUGAUUGGGGUUUUGCACCCUGAAGGAUCAGUUGAAGAUGUAUACAAAGCUGAAGUUGCUUGGCUACCCGAGACAAGCAACUUAAUUAUUUCCAAAAUAUAUGGAUCCAUAUAUUUUUUAUCAGAGAUGGGGCAAUCUUUAUUGGAUUUUGGCAAGGCAGCAAAGCUUCUUGGUGCUUGUGAAGAAGAUGCCCUAGGAAAGGCAUUUUCUAAGCUUGCGACUAAAUCAGAUGCAUUAUCAGUUAAGCUGCUGAAGGAGGCCCAUCAACUCCUGAUGAAUUUCCAAGAACCAUUGAAAGAUUAUGUUUCUGCUGUCCAAUCUAUUAAGGCAAGUUUGGCUACCGUAGCUGAGCGGGCCAAUGCCUUCAGGCUUCAAUUUGAACCGGCUGAAACAAUAAAGUUGAAAGAGAUAAAUCUUGACAAACUUGUGCCAGCACGUUCUGACAAAGCAGCAGAAGCGGAGCAUGCGGACGAGGAGGCAAACUAUCUUAUGUCGGAGAGUGAGGAAGCAACAAGAAGGUUUGAGACAAUUGUUAGACAAAUGAACGAAGAGAUUGUGCGCUUUCAAGAACAGAAAACAUUGGAUAUGGGGAUUGCUCUUCAUGAAUUUGCGGAAGGACAGCACGUUUGGCCAAUAGCAUUGCAGAUGCUUGGAGAAGUCUUCUUCCUAAACUUGAAGCGUGUUCCAUUAAUGAAUACCAAAAAAUGA